AUGUCCUCUCGUGACAGCUCUUACGAUCCUACUAGCUCUUCCGCGCCAGUGAUCCGCGAGGAUUGCCGGUCUCCCAAGGCUAGUAACUACCAAGUCGACAUUCACCAUCGGAAUGGUAGUAGAAGCAUCAGCAUCUAUAAUCACCACAGCCCCGGCUAUGACAAUACUGCGCCGCACCCUGAUUAUAGAGCAUCCACUAGGACGGACUCCCGAAAAUCAUCUUCUUGA